AGCGAAUAGGGUUUUUGCUAUCUCUCUGGAGAUAUUAUAUAAAUGACUUUGACGUAAAUUGAGGCUAUUUUACGCGCAUUUGAUAGACAAUUAAUUGGAGAGUUCUUACUUAUAUCUAGAUUAUCAGGUUUAUCGAGCUCUAGAAUACGUCUAAGAAUACCAUAUUGUAUACUCAUUUAUUAAAUGGAACAUAUUUUUAAAGUGAAUCAAAAUAAAAUUCGUAUUUGACACUUUGGCAUUUGUAAACAAAAAAUGAGCAAAUCAACCAAUAGUCACCAAUAUAGUAGUUAUCUGUCUAGAAGUGACUCAAAUGAUAAACACAAUUGUGAUCAUAAAAAUUACAAUAAAAGAAGAGAAAAUCAAGAUCAUGUUAAAUCAAAGCAUCGUUCAAGAUCUCGUAGUCGUUCAUAUGAUAGAAUUGAUUCACAUGAUAGAUUUUCUAGUAAAAAAAAUACAAACAGAGAUUUCAAACUUUCUCAUAAGAUUAGUAAGCAAUAUAGCACAAAGCUUGAAAUUAGGCCUGAAUACAAAGAAGAACGGAAACAAGAAGUAGUGAUUGAGUCAGUGUUCAAAAAUGAUGGAAGUUUUUUGGAAAUGUUCAACAAAUGCAUGGACAAGUACAACAAAUGCAAAACAGCACAAAACAAUUUACCUGUUCCAAUAGUAGGAAGAAGGCGUGGCGGAAAGGUUUUAAAAACUGGUGUAGUUGAAAAAGCAAAAGUGGAUGAAGUAAAUGAAGAUAACAAAUCAACUGAUCCUUGGGCUAUUUAUAUAAAUGAAGUAAAGAAGUAUCGUCAAACAUCAUGUCAAGAUGAAGCAAAAACUCGUUCUCUUUUUGGCAUUUGUAAACAAAAAAUGAGCAAAUCAACCAAUAGUCACCAAUAUAGUAGUUAUCUGUCUAGAAGUGACUCAAAUGAUAAACACAAUUGUGAUCAUAAAAAUUACAAUAAAAGAAGAGAAAAUCAAGAUCAUGUUAAAUCAAAGCAUCGUUCAAGAUCUCGUAGUCGUUCAUAUGAUAGAAUUGAUUCACAUGAUAGAUUUUCUAGUAAAAGAAAUUACAACAGAGAUUUCAAACUUUCUCAUAGUAAUGAAAAAAGUUCACAACUUAGAAAUCAUUCCCGUUCAAAAAACAUCUGUCAUGAGCCUUUUCCCAGCACAUCAAGCAACCUUGUGGACACAGAGAUUAGUAAGCAAUAUAGCACAAAGCUUGAAAUUAGGCCUGAAUACAAAGAAGAACGGAAACAAGAAGUAGUGAUUGAGUCAGUGUUCAAAAAUGAUGGAAGUUUUUUGGAAAUGUUCAAACAAAUGCAUGGACAAAGUACAACAAAUGCAAAACAGGCACAAAACAAUUUACCUGUUCCAAUAGUAGGAAGAAGGCGUGGCGGAAAGGUUUUAAAAACUGGUGUAGUUGAAAAAGCAAAAGUGGAUGAAGUAAAUGAAGAUAACAAAUCAACUGAUCCUUGGGCUAUUUAUAUAAAUGAAGUAAAGAAGUAUCGUCAAACAUCAUGUCAAGAUGAAGCAAAAACUCGUUCUCUUGUAAAAUAA